AUGGCAGAAGUAGGCACCGCUGCAAUACCCCCAGAAGCACGCGAGACAACCGAACCACUAGACUUGGUCCGGCUUUCCCUCGACGAACGUGUGUACGUCAAAAUGCGGGGUGACCGGGAAUUAAGUGGCCGAUUGCAUGCGUACGAUCAGCAUAUGAACAUGGUACUUGGGGACGUGGAAGAAAUCAUUACAGUGGUGGAUGUAAAUGAACAAACAUAUGAAGAAAUCGUUCAAACGGUAAAGAAACAACACGAAAUGCUCUUCGUGCGCGGCGACAGCGUAAUACUCGUAUCCCCUCCAACUCGAUCCUAA